AUGUCUUUCGGAACAGUCUACUCCUACCCCAACAACCCGAGGGUCAUGAAGAUCCUCGCCGCCGCCAACAUCAACAACCUCACCAUCUCAACCCCCGCCUUCAACUUUGGCACCGACAACCGCACCCCCGAAUUCCUCGCCAAAUUCCCCUUCGGCAAACUCCCCGCCUUCGAAGGCACAGACGGCACCAAGCUCGUUGAAUCAGACGCUAUCGCGCAGUACGUCGCCGAGAGUGGUCCCGCCUCGGCACAGCUGCUUGGUACCAAGCCUGUUGAGCGUGCCGCUAUCCGCCAGUGGAUUGCUUUUGCCGAUGGGGAGAUCCAGAGUCCUGUGAUUCCCCUGGUUCUGCCUCGGAUUGGUUACGCGACGUAUGAUGAGGGUGUUGAGAAGAAGAACCUGGAGAGGUUGGAGCGGUCGUUGGCAUACUUGGAGGGCCACCUUAGAGGCCGCAACUGGAUUUCUACCGAGGAGAAGCUGAGUCUGGCGGAUAUCUCCGUUGCAGCUGCUCUCUACUGGGCCUUCUCCCUUAUUAUUGACCGCGAGAUGCGCCAGAAGUACCCCUUCGUCGUCUCUUGGUACGAGAAGACCAUGGAGAGCGAGGGUGUCAAGCAGGCCUUUGGUGAGAAGACGUUCAUCGAAAAGCGUGAGAUCCCCAAGGCUUAG